AUGAGUCAACAAAUGUACCAAGCAUCUGACGGGAAGUGGUAUCCCGUCUCGUCGAUGCCGCAGGAUUACGGAGGCGGCGGUUACGGCGGUGGUGGCGGCUACGGCCAGCCCCAGAUGCAGUAUGGCCAGCAGCAACCCAUCUACGUCCAGCAGGGCCGUCCCGGCGGCGGCGGCGCUGGUGCUGCAGCGGGCGGCGCGGGAUGUCUUGAUAUCGUCGUCGAACUGACCGAUUCCCAGAUACAUGGAUCCGACAUGACCUCACCGCAUACGCAUUCCGACCCUUCUAUUUUUAUCCCACGCUCUCCCGCCCAGCCUUUCCUCGACUGCCACGAACGAUCGAUGGAUGGCCAGACCAUCACGUGA